ACGACAAUAAACUUAACAAAAUAUUUAUGCAGACUGACGGCGAGGAAAGUUUGCUGCAUUCAUGCUUCGGCUCACUGAAAAACGCAGUCAUGGGUUGCUGCUACAGUAUUUGUCAUAAGGAUACCGAUCCGCAGGAAAAUAUAAUAAACGAGAGGACCCAUUUACUAGAAGUGCCGGAGCAGCAGCAAGAGACUCCGUCCCCCACCGCCUGCGAGUCCACGCCCCCUCGAAAACCUGACGAACAGACUGCACUUAAUAGGAUACUGCAUGAAACUGCUACUAACGUAAUCGACGUGGGCGCGCUGGGCCCGUACACGCUGGAGGCGGGCGCGUACAGCGAGCGCGUGCGGGCGUACACGGCGCGCGCCGCCGCGCUGGCGCUGCCGCCGCCCGCGCCCGCGCGCCUGCUGGCCGACCUGCCGCCCGCCGCGCGCCGCGCGCUGCUGGCCGCGCCGCCGCUCGCGCACGCGGACAAGGAGCUGAUAACGAAUGCAGUAAAAAAAGCUGCAGCGGCAAUAUCAGAACUGCGAGUGGAACACCACGAGGAUCUGGUGGUGCCUUUUAGGGUUCCAUAGCAAAGAAGUUCCGCCUCAAUGUCCGAGGACGAACGAUGAACUUGCACUGCUAUAGAUUUAUAUAGACAGCUAGGGCCUUGUUAUAAUGGAAGUAUGGUUGAGGAUACUGGGUUGAUGUGACCUUUUAUUUAUGAGUUUAUUCCCUUGUUGAUGUUUGGGUGCUAAAUGUAUUAUUGUUUCAGUAAAAAUUAUUUUUUGUUUCAAUGUUUUUUGAAAAUAAUUUAAAUGUAUAUACUUAGUCAUGUACAUAUUGGCGUCUUAAUUUCUUAGCUAGCUUUAAUACUAUUUAGACAAUAACAAAAUAUCAAGUUCUUAGAUACAUUCAAAUGAAGUUGCGUCUAUUUUAUGCAAGUACGAAAUUGAACAAAAAUGUGUAUCUUUUUCAAAGCCAACAAUAAGAAUAUAAUUCACCGAAUCGUUCAUUCUUUCUAUUUUCUGCGUCGAAAAGGAUUCCAAAAUUAGUCAUUUUUACGUGCAAUAAAUUCAAUAUUUUCUUUUUCUAUCUAUCUCUAUUCUAUAUUGAAUUUAUAUAUAUUUUUUAUAACCAUAUUCUUAAGCGAUGUUGUUAUUGUCAAAGAAACAACGUUGAAUAGCUUUAAACUAUGAUUAAUUAAAUAAAGUUAUUUUAUGGUUUAAUGUAUAAAAGUAAUGGUCAUUUCUUCCCAUUUCUCUACCAGAGGUUUGAAAGUGUUGUGAAAUAGUUAUAUAAAUCGAAAGGCAGUGUUAUGGACAAUUGAUAUUAAACGUUAUAAUAUUAAUAUUUAUCCUUGUUUAAA